AUGCAUAGAUCACAAUAGGAAUUACAUGAAAAAGCACACAUAUUCCAUCCAUCAAAAGGGUUAUCAUUUCCGUCAUCACACAUUUCUUCUCCAGAUACAAUUUAAUCACCACAAACAGGUUCACAUUUAGAAAUUGCUAAAUUAAUAUAAUAACCAAUUGAAUUAUCACAUUAAUAGCAUUUUCCAAAGAUACAGGAUGUACAUUAAGGUUAACAUUAGAAUUAACAAUUAUAACAACCAUCGUAUAGACUUAGAUUAUUCUCUUUACAUUAUUCUCUAUUAACAGAACUAUUUUCACACAUAGGGUAACAUCUUCUCAUAGUUUUUUAUAGUGCAUAACCAGAAACACAAACUGAACAUUAUCCAUUAACACAAGUUUUACACUCUUUCUAGCAUUCAAAUUUACAAUUAUUGCAUCCAUCAAAUCUAAUUGAAUUACCAUCAUCACAGUCUUCUCCUUCAGUUACAAUCAUAUCACCACAAAUUGAUUAACAAUUUUAAUUGAUAUUAUGGAAGUAUAUUAAUUAAAGUAAAAGUUUAUCUUUUAGAAAAUAGAGAAAUAUUAAAUUCAAAAUAAUAAAAUUAGAAUUAUUGAGUGAUGAUACCAUCAUCAUAAUAAUUGCUCCGGCAAAUACAUUGGUUAUUAUUUAAAUAUCUAAGUUAAGAACUUUUACAAGAUAAACAUUCAGCACUAUCAGAACCAUAACAAGAUUCGCAUAAAUGAUGACAAUUUUCACAAGUAUUUGUAUUUGUUAAAUAUGUCCAAGGAUAACAUUAACAACUUCCAUUCUAUAAAUAAAAAUUAGUGGCACAUUUAAUAAAAAUGUAUUAACUUAAACAUUCUAAACAAUAAGUAGGGGUGCAUAAUCUACAAAUAGCAGGAGUAACUGAGUUAUCAUAAUAGUAAGUAUUAUUUAUGCAUGUAGAAGGUGUUUACAUGCCUGUUGGUAAUGA